AUGAAGAUUGUUGAAGUUAUCAAUGAAAUAAACAAAGACCACGUUGUGUCAGAUGUUGAGAAAAAGCUUUCGCUAAGAUCAGUAUUUAUGCAAGUUUUAGCAGGAGAUUGUAUUACUUUAUGGGAAGAUUUAUAUUCAUUUGUGACUUCAAACGCAGAUUUCGUACGAUCGGUAAAAGAUGAUGCUGAGUUCAGAUACUUUGUCAACCGAUCUAUGAGGAAUCUUCAAUUGUUACUUGGUAAAAAAUCAGGAGAUAUAUCACCUAGCUCAACAAUACGUUUAAGGAAUAUUUUUACCGAACUUUCCGAAAUAUUUUCUCACGUAUUGUCAACAGACUCGAACACGGUUUACGAUACUGAAUCUGUUACUAUUCCACUUUUAUCCUCAUGGCAUCGCGGUGUCAGUAAUUUUCAAAGCAUUUUAUCAUUUGAAGACGGGAAAUCAAUUUCUGUCGAUAAUGGUAAAAUAAAGAGUAUUCAAAGUUCAUUAUUUAGUUUGUUAGAACAGGAAGAUCAUUCAUUGAAAAAUAUUCUACGAAAAAUUCCAUUCGGUAACUCAAAAUACAGAGCACUUAAUGAAUACAUAAAGAAUUUGUCAAGUAAUGCAUCCGAAAUAUCUUCAAAAGGAGUUGAGAAUAUGCGCCCGAACAAUGGUUUUGAUGCAAUCGCCUACUUUUCAGUUUGCAGAGAAAUAGGAGUUUAUGAGUUUAUGUACUUUAUCAGAAAAAAUAUCGAGAGCAGAAAUACAUCACCAUAUGAUUUAGAACCUACUUUAAGACCAAGGAAUGAUGAACCACAUUAUAUAUUCAGUACAUUUGGUAUACUGGUCGCUGCCGGAACCGAACAGGAGCAUUUGAGUCUCACACAAUGGUUUUCAGAAGCAGUUUUAUACGAGGCUUUAAUAAAAAAUCUCACAUUUCGAUAUCUUCCAGCUUGGAAAUCCUUUUUCACUUGGCGUCAAGUUUUGAGAAGAAGGAGAUUCAAGCGGAUAAGUAAUAUUUUAUCAAAUAAUUGUCUACUUGCAAGUCCUGUAUAUGUUCGAUUAUUUCAGGUAGUUCAAAAACUUUUUGAUUCUUUGGAUACUCUGAAAUUCUUUCCAAAUAUCAUGUGUCCAUUGAAUAUGGUGCAAUUUUGUGCUCAGAUUAACCGAAAUGUACGUUACAAUACUAUUUUAAUGUCACAUUUAACAAAUUGUAUAUGUAUUGCAUUAAAAUUUGCAAGAUAUGCCCUCGCUAAACUAAUACGUUAUAAGGAAGAUGAAUUAAACUGGAAUUCUAAAGAAAUAAAUCAAACUACAUCAAUGACUGAAACGUGGAAGAAAAGUUUAAUAGUAAAAAAUAAUUUAGAACAAUUACGUAAACAAUUGAAUAGCUUUCCAAAUGUAUUACACUAUAUACGUUAUCGAUUGGCAAGUUCUCUUUUACACAAAUUUCAAUCAACUAUUCAAAAUUAUAUUUAUAAUGAAUUAAAUUUGAGUAGUAUGGAACAGAGAGAUAUAGAAAAAGAGAAUGUCAAAGAAGAUAUAACUGAGAAGAAUUUUCGUUUAGUUAUUUAUCCUAUUUUAUUAAAACAAUCUGAUAAACAAAGUCAAUUACUUCUUUGGCCAUUACCUUCCACUAUAAUAACCAUUUUCAAUUUGACAUUUGAACAAUUCAAAGAAUCAUUACAUUUAAACAAAACUAUAUCAGAACAUGAAUUGACUCAAAUCUAUUUUAAUGAAGAGAAAGAAAUUGAAAACAUCAGUGAAAUAAUUGACAAUCAAAUUGAUGCAAAUUCUAUCAUUGAAGCAUUUUACAACAAUUCUAGUUCAGUAGAUUUAAAUGAUUCCAAACAUUCAAUGAAUAUUCCAUGGAAUAUAAUUAAUCCAAUUGGUUUAGAAGCAACAAACAUGAAUAUUCGUGAUAUGGUUAAUUGUUAUUUACCAACUUAUGAAGAUUUUGAAAAAGGCCUUAUACCUGAAUAUCAGUCUCAUCAAAAUCAAUCAAUAUUAUCUCGUAUGGAUCUGGACCAAUCUCAUCUUAAUAUUAGUGGUUAUAAUUGCUUCCCCACCAUUGAAAAUGCAUCUCAAAUGGAAUUACAUUCUCUUAUUGAGCGACAAUGUGAAUCUAUGAAACUUUAUGAUUGUUUAAUGAUCUCAUGGAAUAAAAGAAUUUAUGAAAAGACGAAUAACACAAUUCAAUCUUUACAAUGGAUUAUCAAAAUGAAUGAAACAAUAAAUGAGUUAAGUGUACUAUUAAAGAAUGAAGAUUUGCAUAAAGAAUUAUAUAAACAUCAACGCUUAUUUGAAUUAUCUUUUCAAUGGAUCAAUAAUAUAGUAAAUCACAUCAAAUAUGAAAGUCUUUUAAAUGAUCAUGAGGAUAACCGUUUGAAUUGUUUCAUUCUAAUUGACUACAAUCCAUUAUUUAAUUUAUUAUAUCAUGAAAUUAUAGAGAAAUUAAAUAAAUUAUUUUCAAUCUUUAUAACCAUAGUUGACAAUUCAUUGAUAUCAAUCAGUAAUCAAUUAGAUGAUUUUAUUCAAAUACAUGCAAAUAUUCCAUCCGAUUUUAAUGGAUUUAUACAAAUUGUUACCUAUUUAAAUCGUGUACAUAAUGAUUAUGAGAAAUUAUUCAAAGAUCAUGAUAAUCUAUGUCGUCAAGUUGAAUUUCUACAACAUAUUCAAAUGUAUUCAAACAAUUGUAUUGAAUUAAAAUUUAUUCAAUUUAUUAAAUGGUCAAAUUAUGAACAAUUUUUAAUUAAAUGGAAAAAAUUUAUUAAUCAAAUUGAAUGGGCUAGAAAAAAAUUUCAAAGAUAUCAAGAUGAAUUCUAUCAAGUUUAUAAUAAAAAAGUUGAGGAAACUAUUAAAGAAGUUGAACGGUUAGUUCAUUUACUUACAACUGGUAAAUAUUCUGAUGUUAAUAAUGAUGCACAAAUGAUACUCAACGAUAUGAAGGAACCAUAUUGUUAUGUUAUAAAAUUGGAAAGUUUUAUUCAUCAACUUGUGAAUCAAUAUCAAAUUGUUGAAAAAUGUAAAUAUAAUGAAAAACAAUUUGAUAAGGUUAAAAUUAAAAAACUAAAUGUAUCCCCAUCGAAUAAAUCAUUCAUUAAAACAACUAUUACAUCAGAUGAUAAUACAAUUCAUAUUAAAAAAGAUUGUCAUGGUAACUAUUAUAAACCCAAAUAUUUUAAUGAAACAAAUAAUGUCUUAUUAUAUAUUGAUGAUGAAAUGAAGAAAAUCAAUUGUCGAUAUGAUGCAUGGCAACUAAAUUUAAAAAUUGAUACACUUAAACAGGAGUUAUAUAAAUCAAAUUUAGGAGAAAUAUCUUUAAAUAUGUUCAAUGAGAAAUAUCAAAAGCUUGUUUCAUUAUGUAAUAACCUAAGAAAUGAUGACGUAAUCAUUCAAUAUAAUAUGAAAUGGUUGAAUAAAAUGAAAAUAUUGAUAAAACUCUUAAAUUAUAUUUUGGAUACAAAUUUAUUGUCAUUCUCAUCAGACUACUGGAAUCAUUGUUCAAAACUAUUCAAUCUAUCAUCAUUUACUAUAAAUUGGAAACAUUGUACAGUGAAUGAUUUAAUAAAAAAUUCUAAAUAUAAUUUAUUAAAACAAAAAUAUAAAUUAAAAGAAACUUGGCAAAUAUUUCAAUAUUUAUUAUCGAUUCAAAAAAUUAAAACAACCAUUGAAACUCAAUUCAAAUCAUUAAAUAUUCAAUUUAUAUUAAUGAAAUCAAAUUCAUCAUUGAUUAAAUCAGUUCAUUCAUCAUUUCGUAAUGAAUAUAUGAAUCAAAUGAAUCAGGAUACUUCUGGAAGGAAUUCAUCCAGAAAUGAUCAUUGUACAACAGAAAUCCCUUAUCAUCCAUGGAUAUUCUUGAAUAUUGAUAAUUUAAUUGAACAACUAUAUGAAUUAGCAAAUAAACUUCAAAGUUUACUGGAUUCUGAACUUUUGAAUAGAAUAAAACAAAAUGAAACCAUGGAGAAUGAUUCCUAUUUAAUAAAGAAAUUAAAUCAAACAAUCAAUGGAUUAUGUAAUCUGAAAUUAAUACAAAAUUAUUGGUUAUAUUUAUAUCGAUUAAAUUUAUUAAAACAAAAUAAUGAAGAAGGUAAUGAUAGUCAAUUUACUAUAUUAACUAUUAAUUAUGUAAAUUUGGUAAAUGAUCCAUUAUUAAAUGAUCAAUUAAUAUCUAUUCAAUCUAUUGAAUGGGAUAAUAAUGAAUUCAUUCAAUUAAACUGUAUAAAUCUACAAUUAUUUAUUGAGAUUAUGAAUUGUAAAUGGAAUUUAUGGUUAACAUUAAAAGAUGAUCUUUAUGAAAAUGUUAGUAUGUUUGAGAAAUCAAUUGAUGAAAUGUGUGAGACAUUUCCAUUAUUUUGUUUAUUAUCCAAAAUGGAAAGGAUUGAACUCUUAAGUAAUUGGUCCAUUCCAUAUUGUGAUUAUGCAGCUCCAUUGAAAUGUUCUGUUGACGACUUUAUUGAUCCAAAACAAAAUUCUUAUCAGUCUUAUCUAAAUACAAAUUUAACUAAUUGUGGAUUAGUCAAUCUAAAUAAAUGGAUAAAACGCUUAUUUCCAUAUCUAUUAGAUUGUGUAAUGGUAUGGUGCAAAGCAGAGAAAUGUUGGAAGAUUACUGGAGUCAUUAAUGAAUUCCAUCAACAUAUUGAACUAUUAAAUCCACUCAAAUGGAUUCCAUCAAUUAGUCAAUGGUUUAAACAAUUUUAUUCAACUUUACAAUUAACAUUUUUAAAAAUGACAUUGAGUUCUUUGUUAGAAGUUGAAAACAAUCAUAAAUGGAUAAAUGAAUCAAUUAGAGAAAAACAACUGGUACCUAUAAUUAUAUUAGAAUUAACUAUAAGAAUUACUAGUUGGCAACAAUUGGAGAAAAUUAUAAUACAAGAAGAUAAGAGAAAUGAAUUCAUUGAAAUAAUAGAAUACUUCGAAGAACAACUUAACGGCAUUAUUGAACGAAUGAAAACUAUUUCGGUUAGUUAUGAUAAUCAAUUAAGUUCAAGAAUCGAUCAGCUCACAUGCCAAAUAUUGAUUGGAACAAUUUUGGGAUUUAUCUAUUUAGCACAAGAUUUAAGAAAAGAGUCAAAUUUAGAUAAGAAUAAUUUUAUUUGGCAACGGUUAAUUAAAACACAGCUUAUUACUCCAAUAUUAAAUUAUGAAAUAAAUGACUCCUUUUCAAAUGAAUCAAAUGAAUACAAUGAUAUGGCAAUAAUUGGGAUCAAACAAUUUUCAACAAUUCAUCUUUAUAAAUGGGAUAAUCAAAGUUUACUAAUGAAUAAUAAUACAUUAUAUAUACCAUUAUUAAAUACUUCACAAGAAUUAAUUCAACUUGGAUCAACUUUGAAUAAUCAUGAGUUUGGAUUAUUAAUUGGAUCAUUUGGAACUGGUAAACAAACAAUCAUUCGUCAACUUGCUUUUCUACUUGGUCGUCGUCUUAUAGAGUUUUCAUCAAAUAUCUUCCAUGAUAAAUUUGAGAAUAAAUUGAAAAAUGAUAUUCUUAGUUGUACACGAAUUGGAGGUUUAUUUUCAAUAAUGAAUAUGCAUAACUUAAAUUUUGGAGAAUUGGAAAUCGUGCUAAACUGUUUGAAUGAAGUUCGGAAAUGUAAUUUUAUGAGCAACGGUCGGAUUCAAUUUGAAGAUUUUACAAAGAAUCUUCAACAAUCUAUUGAAAACAUAGAUAAAAAUAGUCACAAAUUAAUCACUUAUCAUUGUAAUCAAUACAAUUCUGAUUCACAACAAUGUUUAUUUAAUCAAAAUGUUAGAAUUGAUUGCAGUUUUGGAUUGUUUGGUACAUUUGAUUCUCAAAAAUUUCAAAAUCUUUCAAAAGUACAAAAACUUUCAUUCCGUAAUGUAACCAUUGGACCGCCAAAUUAUUCAUUUAUUAUACAAUGUCUUUUCAAAUAUUAUUUACCGGAAUAUCAAAGUCAUUCAAUAAUCCCUCGACUAGUCAGUCUUUUGAAUAGAUCUUUAACCCAUUUUAAAAAUGAAUCAGAUCCUAAUUACAAACAAAUGAAUAAUUACUAUUUAUCAUUUUCAAUGAUUAUUAAAUCAUUCGAAUUGGCUAAACAAUUUUGGUUAGAAAAAUUGAAUCAUCUUCAAGAGAUACGUCAACGAACUGCACUGAAAUCAUUUAUGAUAUUAAGAAAAGAAGAAGAUCAAUUAGCUGAAGCUGCAAUAAUAUAUGGAUUAACUAAAGUUUAUAGAAUAAAUUUAUCUAUCCAUAGUAUACAAGAUAAUCCUAUAAAGAUUUUAUUUCAAUCUAGCUCAGAUUUUAAUGGGUUAGCAACAAUUGAACAAUGCUUAUCCAUAAACUCUGUAUUACCUUUAAUGUACAAUAAUGAAGAAUUUUUAGAAUGUGAUAAUAGUAUGUAUCCAAAAGUUUCAUGGGAAUUUAUUCAUCGAUUGUUAAGAGAAAUAUAUGUACGUAAUUUGGAAAUAGUCAGUAGUCAGUUAAUAAAGAUCAUUGAAUUAUGGCAGCUAAUAAAUGUAAAUCGUCCAAUUUUAAUUAUUGGCUCAGUUGGAUCAGGUAAAACUACCAUUUUAAAAAUACUUAUUUCUACAAUCAAUUGGUAUCAUUGUACAAAGAGUAAAAAAUGGAAUAAGUAUUUAUCGUCAUUAUCUAAGUCAACAUCAUUAUCAACAGAUACAUCAUCAUCAUUUUCAUCAUCAUCAUCGGCAUCAUCUGAAUUGUCAUCAUCAACACCAACAUUCACAUCAUCAUCAUCAUCAACAUCAUCGUCAUCAUUAUCAAAAAAAUUAAAUUUGCCUCCAGUUUCAAAUGAAGAAAACAAUAACAAUCAGGAAAUAGAUAUUGAUAACUUAAAUUUAAAACAAAAUGUAAAGAUUUUCAAUAUACCAGAUUCAUUGAAUUCAUAUCUGAAUAAAUUUAAUCUUAUAUCAACAAAUUCCCGCUCAAAACAAUUUGAUAUUUAUUAUAAAAUUAUUUCAUUAAAACACUUAUUUCCAUAUUCAAAUGAACAUUUAACAAGUUACUUUUUAAGGGAUAAUAAUAUGACUGAAUUAGAUGUUGAUAUAUCAAAUAUAUUAGAAGAAUGGUUAUUAUUAGAUUUAAGUGAUCAAUCUAUUGAACAUUUAACAUUUUUAAAUGAUGAUAACAUUUUGAAUUUAUUGAAAAUGAUUAAAAAUUUAAAAUUCACCAGAAAAUUGUUCAUAGAAAAGACAACAAUAAAUGAUUUAUCACCAGGUUUCAUUCAUCAAUUUUCAAUAUUAUCAACUGAAAUUAUUAAUAAUAAUGAAUUAAAUUGGUUACAUUUAUGGAGAAUUUGGUGCAAACAAAGUUAUUUAUCAUAUAUGGUUAUCAAUUCUAUAUGGGAUAAAAUUCUUAAUGAAUUAGAUCAUCACAUCCCAUUAGUAUUAGAUCAAACUUGGGAAUUUAUAAAUCAAUGGUGUCAUAAAGAUGAAGAUGAUACUUCUGGCCUAAUAAAUAUAAAAUCCUAUAAGAAUGUAUUCUGUCAACAAAGUAUUAAAAAUUCUUUAGCCUUAAUGUCUGAACUAUUGAAUAAAUACUUUCCAAGAGAAUUAUGGGAAUUACGUAAAAAUAGCAUGAAACCAUCAUCUGUUUGUCAAUCAAAUCUUACAUUAAUUGAUUAUUAUUGGUCGGAAUGGCGAAACAUUGAAGAUCAACCAGUGUUUUAUGAAAUCUUGAUAAGAAAUUUAUUUUUAUUCUCAUUUAUUUGGGGUAUUGGUGGUGGAUUAGCUGGUGAUCCAAGAUUAAAAUCACGAUUUGAAACAAUAAUCUUAAGAAUAUUAAAGGAUUUUAUUAGAUUACCUAAUUCAUUGAAUAUUGAUUCCAUAGACAAUGCAUCAUCAUCAUCACCAUCAUCAUCAACAUUAUCCAUUGAGUCAUAUUAUGCAAAUCAAAUUCAUUCUACAUCAUCAUCUAAUGAAUGGAAUAAUAUUAAUAAUAAUAAUCAUGAACAACAAUGUGAAGAUAUGGAAGAACUUCAAUAUAAUUUGUUCAAUUGUCUUGUUAAUUUAAGAACUGGUUAUUUCACACCAUUUUGGUAUACAGAUUACCCACAAUUACAUUGGCCAGAAGAAUAUGAUAUCAUUAAUCCAAAAGAGAAUAAUUAUCAUACAAAAUCAUUCCUGCCAACAUUAUUUCAUCUUACAGUUCAUUUAUUCACUGGUUCAUUAUUCAUUCAAUCUGGUCGACCAUUAAUAAUUUCUGGUCCAUUUGGUUCAGGCAAAUCACAACUAGCUAUUGCUAUAAGUCAAAAUUCAGAGCAAUCUAAACAAUUAAUUGAUUCAUAUGAUAAUAUGAAGAAAAAGCGUACAAGUUUAGUUCGAAUACAAUCAACUGAUUUUCUACAUAGAAUCAUUUCUAAUUCACAAAAGACUAGCAGUCAAUAUCAAAAACAUACAUCUGAUGAAAAAAUCAAUUUAAUGCAUAAUGUUAUCAUUUUGGAAGAUGUACAUCUGAUUUCCAAAACAGCGGCAACACAACGAAUAUGGAAUCAAGAAUUACGCAAUCAAUUAACUACUUGUAAUUCAUAUCACAAUAAAUUGAAUUACUCUCAAUCAAAAUAUAAUUUUAUUCCAAUCUUAACAUCUUUAGAUGAUAAUCAUCAAACCAUACAGCUACAUUGUCCAACAAAAUUAAAUAGUUUAAUGUAUCAAUUUGCAUAUAUCCAUUUAACAGAUCCUUGUUUAUUAUUUGUAAAAGAGAUGAAUAUCGAUGGAUUUCAUCAUGAACAAAAUAUUUAUGGUUUCAGUCCAAUAAGUUUACUUUGUCAGUCGAUGAUGUGUCAUGGAUUAUCAAGAAUAAGUGGAAUGUUAGUUGAGAGAUUCAGCUGGAUAAUAUGGUAUAUGCAUUGUGCUUUAAUGAAAGAACGUUGUACUUAUGAUAAUACAAAAGUAGAUUGGUUAAUCAUGCAUAAGAUUGCAUAUUCUAUGGGAUACCACUUGAAAAACUAUUAUCCAUGCAAACCAACUAAUGAAAUAACAUUGAAUAGUUCAAUUGUAUCAGAUAAUAUAAAUAGACAUAUUUAUUCAAGAUGGACACCUUUAUUGUUAAGUGAAUCGAUUCAUGUCAAUUCAAAAAAUCAACUCAGUAACAUUUUGCAAUCAGUAAUGUUUUUAUGUCAAGAAAUCAAACGAUAUUUUAGUCCAUUAUUACCGAAAGAUUUAUGUUCAGAAUGGUUAUUUAAUACUUUAUCAAGAUCCAUUGAUUAUUAUUUAAUGAAACCAUCUUCAUUGAGUCUUUUAGUUCCAAUAUCAUAUCUUCUUUUUGGACCAGCUGGAAGUCUUUUCCUUGAUUCAAAAUUCACCAGACAGUCUAUUUUACAUUUAAACAUACAUUCUUCAACAAAAUUGACAGAUACAUCUUUAUCUGUUGUAUCUCAACGUGUUUGUAAUGAAAGUGGGUUUUCGAUCAAUUCAACUUCUUCUUCUUCUUCUGUAUCUUGUUCAACACUAACAACAUCUUUCAGUUAUUCUUCAUCUUAUUCUAGCACGGUCACAUCUUCGUCUAUACCAACCACAUCUAUAACCAAUAAUUCUUUUUCGACACUAUCAUUAAAUACUUUUUCAACAUCUGCUCAAUAUAAUUCGAACAGUUAUAUUUCAUCAAACUAUUCCACUACUUCUGUGUCUACAUCUUCAUCUGAUUCAUUAGUAUAUGGAUCUUCUUUAACUUCUAUGCCUAUCCUAUCUUCUUCCAUGCUCUCUUUAUCUAACUCACGUAUUUAUACAGUAAUGACUACGACUACUACUACGUCUCUAGUGAAUUCAUUGCUUACUCCAUCUACCAUCUCAACAUCAACAUUUCCAACCUCUUUAUUAACAAAUCAACUUUCUAAUAUGUCACUUCAGGAGGCCGAACAAGAAGAAAAAGAAGAAGAGAAACAGAUUAUUUCAACUGAAUCAAUAUCUAAUCAUGAUAAUAAUAGAAAUUAUGAAUUUAGUACACAAAUCGAACAGUUAUGUUCCAAGUUGAAUGAUGAAACAGAAACUAGUUUAUCAAGUUAUAAAAAACCUAUCUAUUCACCAUUCUAUGAAAAAUAUAAUAGAAAGUGUGAUAAAAAUCAUCGAAGUUGGGCAAAGUAUGGUUUAUUAAAUCCUCAUCUUGUACCAUGUAUUAGUUUACCAGGAUGUUUGGAUCAGAUCAAUGAUUUAGAAGCUAUAUUUGUUAAUUUAAAAAAUGAUUUAUCUAUAUGUGAUAUAGAUAUCAACGGUUAUGAUUCAGUAAUGCAAUAUAUGAUUAGAAAUGCAAUGAAUUUAAUUGAUAAUACAUUAAUUCAUAAUCCAUGUUAUAUACUACUAACAAAUACUACUGAUUAUAAAACAUGUGGAAUAAAUUUUUAUAUACAAAAACAAAUUAUCCAAUUAAUUAUUAAAUUAAAAAAUUAUAAUAAAAUUUAUUAUACAAAAUAUUUAAAAAAUAAAAAUGACAAUUUUUGGAAUCAUUUUAAACAAUAUGAAAUUAUUAUUAUUGAUUUAUCAAAUUAUAAUGAUAAUCAGUUCAUCCAUGAGGAUGAUGAAGAUGACGACGAUGAUGAGGAUAAGGCUGAUGAUAUGAAUAUGUUACUUUUAUUAAUACAAAAAUUACAGGAACUACGUUUUAAUUUACCAUGGAAUAGAAUGAGUUAUGAUAAGGUGAAAGGAAUUUUUGUUAUUACUUCAACGGAUGAUAUCAUAUAUAAUCAAUUAAUACAAUAUAUAUCUUGGGAUUGUGUUAUUCGUUUCAAUGAAACAAUAAAUAGUUUGCAACCUACAAAUUCAGAUUUGAAAAAUAUUACAAAUAAUAUAGAUUUUGAUCAAAAAUCGAUAUUGAAAAAUUUCUUAUUUAAUCAUUAUUUAUUAAAUAGUAACCAUGGUAACAAUAAUAAUAAUAAUAAUGAUCAUUAUUCAAUUUUAUAUGAUCUAUUCAUUGAAGCUUAUUUAUUAGUUUGCCAAUUUAUUGAUAUCAAUCAAGAUAUCACUUUGAUUAAUAAAUCAAUAAUAAUCAAUAAUCAAUAUUCAUUAAAUUAUUUAUUACAAACCAUAAAUGUUUGGUAUUAUCUUCAAUAUGAUCAUAAUAAACAAAAUAAUAAUCAUCUAUUACGUAAUCAAUUAAAUGAAACUAAUUUAUUAUAUAAUUCAAUGAAUAAUAGUUAUAAUUCAUUAGAAAAUCAAAUAAAGGAAAUGAAUUCUAUAAUAGAAUUAAUGAGUAAAGAUUUAUAUGAUUAUGAAGAGAUCUAUUUACCAGAAGCUAAAUUAAGCUGUACAAAUAUAAAUGAACAUUUAAAAUAUUUAGAAAAUGAAAUCUUAUAUAAGGAAAAUGAAUUAAUGAAUAUGAAGAAACCAAUGGAUCGUGUGAAAAAAUUAGCUGAAAAAGAAUUUAAUAAAUUAAAGAAUGCUUAUCGUUUAGCUGUUGAAGGUUUACAUAAUUUAUCCAUUGAAGAUUUAGAUGAAAUACGAUCAUAUCGUGAACCACCAGAUGAUGUGAAAAAUUGUGUCUAUUUAAUUUGUAUGCUUAUGGAUGAAGAGGAAAAUUGGGAAACUGCAAAACAUAUGAUGGUUCCAGUGAAAUUUAUUAGCAAGAUUUUAAAACUCUCUACCCAGUCACUAAAUAAACAUAAACAUAGAGAACUAAGAAAACGUUUAGAUCAUUCAGAGAUAUUAACAUAUGAGAACUUGUUACAGGUGAGUGUUGCAGCUGCCCGAUUAUGUCAAUGGUUAAGAGCAUUAUGUGAAUGCUGUGAUGCUGGUGAACGUUUACAGAAUCAUAUCAAUGAUUAUUCUUCAGUUGAAGCACAAGUUAUCCAAAGUGAAUCAAUAUUAGGCAAUUUACAUUUAUCAUUGCAACUAACAAAAAUAAACAUAGAAAUGGCUAAUAAUCAUUUAAUUGAAUGUGAACAUCAAAUUAAACGUCUUUCAAAGAAUAUCAAUAUAUUAGAUUAUAGAAUGAAUGAAGCUAAAGCAUUGGCAUCAACUAUACAGAGUAAUUUAUCUGAAUUAUACAAUGAUACUAGCAAUCAUCAUGAUACAAUUAAAAAUUUGUCAUUUUGGUUCAAUAUACUCGGAGCAUUGGGGACAGUGUAUUGCCAGGCAUUCCCAAUUAAGCAUAGAUCUUUAUUGUGGAAUAAGUUCAAAACUCUUGUUUGGAAUAAAAUGAAGGAAUUCUAUCAUCAAACUAUGAAUGAUACCAAAGAAGACUUAAUAAUCUAUGAAAAUUUGUUUCAAAAUUUACAAUUAUUUAAAAUUAUUCAAACAACCCCAUAUGAAUUAAUGAAAUGCUUUACAUUGAAUAAACAAUUUCCACAAGAAUUAAUACUUUUAUAUAAUAAUCAACAUAUUACUUAUAUACUUGAAGCCAUACUAUCUAUAUGUACAAUUCUACGGUCGGUUAGAUAUGCUUAUAUUAUACAAUGUGAUAACAAUAAUAAGAAGAAUAAGAAUGUGGAUGAAUCAAUGUUAUAUAUGUUUAUUUAUGAUCCAGAUCAAAUUGGUAUCAAUAUAAUAAAGUUAUUAUUACUAGCAAAUUAUGAUAAUCAUGAAAGUGAUGAUACUUCUUCAAGCAAAAAAGAUCAAUUAAUUUGUGAUCUUCAUAUAGAUGGGAAAGAAUUUACAUCCAAUUUUAACUACGCCAUUGAUACAAAUAAAAUAAUCUUUAUUAAUUUGGAUCAAUUUCAUAAUUUUAAUGCCAAAAAAAAUAUUCAUUAUUUAAUGAGAUUUUAUUUUAAUCAAAUUUUUGAUAAAAAUAUAUUGAAUACAAAAAAUAGUCAAAUUAUAUUAUGGACAACAUUUAGUCAAUAUACUAAAAUUGGAUUUAAAUGUAGACAGACAUUUGGCCAAAUUGAUCUCUUAUCAAUCGAUUUAGGCUUAUCUCAUUUAGAAUGUGGCAGUGUAUUAACAGGUUGUUUGUUAAAUCUAUUACAUAAUUGUGAAGUUCUUAAAUCAUUUCAAAAAUUAAGGAUUAAUGAAAUCGAAGCGUUUGAAAAGAUUUGUGAAGAUAAAAUUCAACUAUUGAAUAUAUCAAAUAAAUUAAUAAAUUAUAAAUUAUUCCAUUCUGAUAUAAAGAAAUCACUAUCCAAUACUAAUUCAAUUCAAUUCAAUGGAGAUUGUUUAAAUUUAACAAAACAACAUAUUGAAUUAAUUCAAAUCUUUUCAAGGUUAUCAAGUAAUUCUAUGCAUUUCAAAGAAAUACAAUUACAAUGUAAACAUCUAUAUAAUCAACUGAAUAUGUUUAUAUAUCAAAAUAAUACAAUUGGAUGUAUUAUAAAUUUUACAUGUAAAAUAUCUUUAUUAUUCAGUAGUUUGGAUGAUAUACCAAAUGAAGAUUAUAUUACAUUUCGUUGGCCAUGUAAACGAUUAUGUGAAUAUAUUAUGAGUUCAAAGCAAGCAAAUUUAUAUUCUUCCCAUUUGGAAGAUAUGAAUGAAGUCGAUUCACCUUCUGAUGUACUUCUCAGUCAUGAACAUGAGAUACAGGAAACUAGUCGACGCAUUGUACAUACAUUAUUGGAAUUCUUCUUCAGCUCUUUAAACACUUGGAAUAAUUCAUUAGGAUUAAUCAUUCAAAUAAAACUUUCCAUAUAUUUUAAUAUACUUCAAUAUAGUAAAUUAACUAUUGAUGAAUUACAAAAUCUAGAUCAGAUAAAUGAAAUUGAAUUGUUCAAACAGAUCAUUUCCAGCAAUAUUUUUAGUUGUGAAUAUGACUAUCAACAUUGUUUCAAUCACAAUAAAUCAGAGGUUCGUAGACGUAUUCAGUUGUUGGAGAAAAAAUUGCCAACUUUAAAUGGUUUAGAGAAAGCAAUAAUGAAUGAGCCAUUAAUAUGGACUGAAAUAAUUGAGACAAAGCCGAAUUUUUUUCAUUCAUUGCCUGGAUUCUCUACAAAACUAUCCAUACCUGAAUCACAUGUAUUUUUAGUUUGGAUUUCAAUAAGACCUGAACUAUUCCAUAUCAUUUCAAAAGUUUUCGUUAAUCAUAUAUUGGCUCAACACAUUACAUCAACAAAUAAUAAUAAUAAAGAAUAUUCUAGUAGAUCAUUUGAAGCUGAAAAACGUUUACGUAUCGACGAAUUGUUUCAACCACAAAUUAUGAAAAGAGUACAAGGGUCUUAUUUAAAUGAAAAUGAUUUCUUGUCUUCAGUUAUCUAUUUAAUCCUUCCAAACGAACUGAAUGAAUUUAAACAUAAGGAUUUCCUUGUUAAUGAUAUGUCUGGAAAAGUAGUUGUUUCAAAUGGAUUAAUAAAUGCAUUGAAUAAGAUGGCAAUGUAUUCAAAUAGAACUUUAUUUUCUAUAGACUGUGCAAAUACUACUGAUAUCUCUUACUGGUUAUCAGUAUGUGGAUCCAAUACAAAUAUACUUCCAUAUCAAAGAAUUUUAAUUAUUCUUCAAAAUGUACACAUCAUUGACAAAAGAAUGGAUACAGUAUUGGACGAAUUAUUACAAUAUGGUCUUUAUAAUUUAAGAUACAAACAAAUUCAUCAUUUACAGAAUCAAGAAAAGCCUCUAUUAAUCAAUAAACUUGGAAUAUGUUUUGAUAUUAUCAUUGAUUUCACUUGCUGUACAUCCGGAAAACAAAUAGUAUCAGUAUAUAAUAGAUUACCAGGUUGGUUAAGAUUGAAAUGUCUACCGUUCUUAUUUCAAUAUGAAAUUGAUAAGUCAUUAUUUACUACGAGUUCUUGGAAAGUGACCUCGUUGGUAAAUAAAAAAGAAAAGCCGAUUUGUUAUUCACAAGAAACUAUCAAUGAAUCUAUAAACGAAGAAAAUUCACAAUUGUGGUUAGAAGAGUCUGAUGGAUUAAAUGAGAAAAUUGAAUCUGAUAAACUUUACGAAUGUAUGUACAACAAAGAAGAUAUGGACAAAAAAAAACAAUCGAUCGAUACAAUUUGGGCUAGGAUUGAGAAAGAAUUAAAGAUACUUGAAACAAUCUUUAAACAAUUGGAAUUACGUUAUUUAUCAUCAUCAUCAUCAUCAUCAUUGUCCAUCAAAAAGACUUCACCUAUAUUUUUGUUGACAACUCAGUAUUACGCAUAUUUACGAUCUAUAAAGUAUUAUCAUUGUCAAUAUACAAAAAAAUACACUUCAAACAAUUACAAAUUAUUUAUAUGGUUAAAACAUCAAUUAUUAAUUUCAAAUCAGUUUUGUAAACUAAUGAAUUCAUGGAAUAUAGAGAAAUUAAUUGGCUUAACAUUACCUGCUUCAAUAAUUGUAAAUCCUAAAUCAUUGUUUGAUUGGCUUAUUUAUUCUACAUCAAAUAGUUCAAUGGAACAAUAUCAAAUAAUAUCUACUAUUCAAAAGUCAGGCGACAACACAAUAUUUAAAAAUGGAUUAAUUAUCACUUCUAUUCGUUUAAUAAUUCAUAGAAAUACUAAAAAGCAUAUUCAUAAUCAUAUGGAAAAUAAUUCAAAUAGUCUAUUAAAAAUAACUAAAUUAAUUAAUCUACAAUUAACAACUGUAUCUAUUGAAACAUUUAAUAAAAUGAAUUAUAUCAAUGCUAUAUGGAUUGAAUCAUGGCCUCCUAAUGAAAAUGAAAUUUAUUUAAAAAUACCUUUACUACUUACAAAUUAUGAUAAAUUAUCAAAGAUUUACAUUAUAACUGAUUAUAAUUUAUAAACUUUUAAUGAAUUCAAUUAGAUAACAUUAAUAAAUCAUUAAAAUAUCCCUUU